AUGCUCGACACCAGUACAUCUCACUAUCCUUCCGCCCAGGAAUCAACAUUCACACCACCCGGAUCGCAAGACUACGAUGCCAUACACUCCGGACAGACCCGUAGGGACCACGAACGCUUAUCGCGACACGCCAGUCAUCGAUCUGAAGUGUCGGCCUCCAAAUCGCAAUGGUGGCGCAUUCACUUUUUCCGCGGCAUGAUUCGCGAUGUCAAAAGAAGGGCUCCGUUUUUCUGGAGCGAUUGGACGGAUGCAUGGGAUUAUCGAGUGGUCCCGGCGACGGUUUAUAUGUUUUUUGCAAACAUUCUACCGGCCUUGGCUUUCUCUCUGGACAUGUUUGAAAAGACGCAUCAAAACUAUGGUGUGAAUGAAGUCCUACUCGCCUCGGUGCUGGGGGCUGUCGUCUUCUCGUUAUGCGCCGCGCAGCCACUUGUGAUUGUCGGUGUCACCGGCCCGAUUACCGUCUUCAACUAUACAGUCUAUGACAUUAUAGCGCCACGCGGCACCAGCUACUUGGGUUUCAUGGCCUGGAUCGGAAUAUGGUCACUAAUCAUGCACUGGAUCAUCGCUGUCACCAACAUGUGCAACGGAUUGACCUACGUGACCCGUUUCUCAUGCGACAUAUUCGGGUUCUACGUCGCAUUUGUCUAUCUGCAGAAGGGUAUCCAGGUUCUCACCCGGCAAUGGGAUUCGAAUGGUGAAACGUCCGCCUACCUGAGCAUCAUGGUCGCAUUGCUGGUCCUCAUGAGCGGCUGGGUCUGCGGCGAAAUCGGCAAAAGCAGCCUCUUCCAUCGCUGGGUUCGUAAGUUCAUCGAAGACUACGGCACGGUGCUGACCAUCGUAUUCUUCACGGGCUUCGUCCACUUCGGCCACAUGCGUGACGUGAGUGUGUCCACUCUUCCGAUCAGCAAAUCUUUCUUUCCUACUGCAGACCGUGGCUGGUUGGUACGCUUCUGGGAUCUUGACGUCGGUGAUAUCUUUCUCGCCAUCCCUUUCGCCCUCCUUCUAACCAUCCUGUUCUAUUUCGACCAUAAUGUCUCCUCCCUGAUCGCCCAAGGCAGCGAAUUCCCCCUGCGCAAACCCGCCGGCUUCCACUGGGACAUGUUCCUCCUGGGCAUCACAACCGGCGUCGCAGGAAUUCUCGGCCUCCCCGCCCCCAACGGCCUCAUCCCCCAAGCCCCCUUCCACACAGCCUCCCUCUGCGUAACCCGCCACCUGGCCGACCCCAACGAAGAACUAGAAUCCAGAGACAAAAAGGUAAUCAGAGUGAUCGACCACGUUGUCGAACAACGCCUCAGCAACCUCGCCCAAGGCCUCUUAACCCUCGGCACAAUGUCCGGCCCCCUCCUCAUCGUCAUCCACCUUAUCCCCCAGGGCGUCCUGGCCGGCCUGUUCUUCGUCAUGGGCGUCCAGGCCCUCGAGGGUAACGGUAUCACCCAGAAACUGAUCUUUCUGGCCCAGGAACACAGGUUCUCGGCCCACUCGCAUCCGCUUAAGCGGUUGGAAAGACGGUGGGCGGUUUGGUUGUUUGUUAUCAUUGAGCUUGUGGGCUUUGGGGGCACUUUUGCUAUCACGCAGACUAUUGCUGCUAUUGGGUUUCCGGUUAUUAUCCUUCUCUUGAUUCCUGUUAGGGCGUUUUUGUUUCCCCUGUUCUUUAGUGGGGAGGAGCUGGGGGUUUUGGAUGCGCCUACUGCUAGUCCGUUUACGAUGGAGAGUGUGGGGGGUGAGGUUGGGUUUGGGACUGGGGAGAAGGGGGUGGGUAGUGUUAGUGGUGAUAGGCGUAGUGGGAGGGUCUUGGAGAGUGAGAUUGAAAGGGGCGAGAGCUAUGAGGUGAGGGCUGAUGGUGUCGCGAGGAGACGGAAGAAUGAUUCAUCGGUUUAG